AUGUCUUCGGAAAGUUUACCAUCUCAAACCGGCCCCGUCUAUCACAUCCUAUCGUUUUAUUAUAUUCACGUAUUAGAUCAAAAUACAGGCGUAACACGGUUGGAAAUUGGUCCGAAAACAUUUUUUAGACAAGACAAUGAGACAAUUACUCUAGGGCCAGAAAAAAUGAUCAUCUUACCACCGAGACACUAUUGUGUUGUCGAAAAUCCCGUUGUGAAAAACGACAUUGGUCAAAUUCAAUUUGAUGAAAAUGGCCAAGUAAAAUUGUUACAUGGUGAUAUAGAAAUCCGAUUGGAUAAAGAUUAUAAAGAACCAUUUCCAUUAUAUCCUGGUGAAACUUUAAGAGAAGCGUUUUGA